AUGAGUACGAUGCUUAUGAUGACUAUGAUGACUACUCCUAUGAUCAUGAAGAGGGUUGGUGACUUCACCGUUUUUCCCAAGUGAUGUAGCGCCUGAUCCCUGCAUUCAUCCAAGACCUAGUUUUUUUCAUCCAUAUUAAUACUCCAUGUUUCAUCAAUAACACCAGAAUUAUGUUUUUUGUCAUUUAAAGUUCAUUCACUUCACAUAUGUCUUUGAAAAACGGAUUCACUGUCUUUUUCACUUGAUAAAUUUCUCACUUUUUUUCUAACCCCCCCUCUCACUGACAGAUAAGCCAUCUCAGGCAGCUCCGAGCCACACGAAGAAAAAGGCCGGGGUCUGGCGAUGCCCGAUCUGCACGUUUGAUAAUGAUGAAAACUUACCCUUUUGUGAGAUCUGUGGAGUUAUUCGGGAAGCCAAGCUUGGCACCAGUGACAAAGAAAAGGGUACGCCUUUAUUUUCAUAUCAUUGAUUCACUGUCACGUACUGCCAUCAAAUGAAACUUCUUCUGCUGUUCUGUUAUAUUCAUUUCCUAUGUUGACGUAUAGGGUAGAGCUGUUUGAUGCAGCUGAUGGUGUGUGCGAAAAACCUGGAGCUUCACUUCUGGCAAAGUCCCUUUUCUCAUCAAAUCCCCGUGAGGGCUCGGAAGAUAAUGCUGAAUCUUUGAGCAUCAAGGAAAAUAACUUCCAUGGCAACACAAAAUUUCAAGCACGUUUUGAUGAUCUGCAGAAAACCUUUUUGGCUCCCGACAGCAAUGCCCAUGUCAAUAUAGGUUUGCUACAUCAUAUAGACGUGGUGCAGAUAUUGUUCUGACCAGUAGGUUUUGAGAUUAUUUUUAUACGGUAGACUGUAGCUGAUCUUUAUAUCUGUUGUGAUCACAGCGGAAUUUAUUGAAAUUAUGUAUAAUAGAGGAUGGGAGAUUUUAUUCCUCCCUGUUAAUGCUAAGCGCCGUUGUCUUCUGAUGAAAGAUGAUUCGAGUCCCGAAAUAAAAAAUUUGUAGAUACCAUCUCUCUUAUUCUAGAAACCGUCUAACAUGCUAAUACUCCCAUCUAUGAGAAAUAAUUUAAUUUUCGUUUUUCUCGUUUCAUUGCAUUAAAUUUUAUCAAUGCAGUGUUUGCGCGGAGUUUUCUCUAAAGUUUCUCAUGCAUGGACAAUCUUAUCUGUUGAGUGAUGACUAUCCGGUUUGAAUAUUUGAUUAUAUUUAAUUACCUAGUAUUUAUUCUGGCGGUCAAUCGACUUAUUGUCAAUUUUCUUUUUAAAAAAAAUGGGCUUCUUCUUAUCUACCAUUUGAUCGUUUUAAUUUUACCUGCUUGUGACCAAGAUAUUUUAUUUUUUGCCUGCAGCUCCUUUCAAGUUUGAUAGUCCAUCUCCAGAUGAUAUUGUAUUUUCAGGGAAGAAGGCAUUGGAAAUCACUCCAAAAGGUACUUUUUUUAUGAGAAUUAUGCCAAAAACGCUCUCCAUUCCUGCUCGCUGAGCUUGUCUAUGCUUUUAUUUCAUUAUUAUUUCAAUAAUGAUAGAGCUUUGGAAUGAUAUUGAUCUCAAAUUCUCGUCUUUUUCAUACCCUUCACCUUCAGGAUGAGUUUUAAGAUUUUUCUCAUCUAUUUUGUUGCCAUAUCAUCAUCAUUUUCUGUUGAAUUCUUGAGACAUGUGAAAGGCCCUUGGAAACAUCUGAUCCAGCCAAUUCAUCCCGCUCCCCCAUACGAUUCUGGCCCAGGCAGUCUCAAGAUCCCAUUGCUUCCUUUUGAUCUCGGGUUUUAGCCUUUUUUUUUUUAAUGGCAAUAUAUUGGAAUGCUCCUAGCUUAUUAUUAUCACCCAGUGGGCUUUUAAGGAAAGGUUUGACCAGAUUUCAAUCUGAAUCCAAUCUUCUGUCCUCAAUUCUCACAUUUGAAGAAAUAAUUAUUUGUCUCUAAAAUUCCAAGCGAAAUCAAAUUCCUGUGUAAUGCUAGAACAUGACAAAUAUUUUCAAACUCUCGGACCACUCCGUCAAACAUCUAAGCCUGUAAGUGUCAAGGAUCUGGGUAGAAAAACUGGAAGAUUUAAUUGGGUUGGCCUUAUUUUUCUGGUUAGUGUUGUUCAAUUGUUCAUCAUCGGUGAGGAAUUUGGGUAGAAACAGGAAGCUUGAAGGGGGUUGACCUUCUUUUUCUGGUUAGUGUUGUUCAAUUGUUCAUCAUUGGUAAGGAAUUUGGGUAGAAACAGGAAGGUUUAAGGGGGUCGACCUUCUUUUUCUGCUUAGUGUUGUUCAAUUGUUCAUCAUUGGUGAGGAAUUUGGGUAUUCAAUUGUUCAUCAUCGGUGAGGAAUUUGGGUAGAAACAGGAAGCUUUAAGGGGGGUUGACCUUCUUUUUCUGGUUAGUGUUGUUCAACUGUUCAUCGUUGGUGAGGAAUUUGCUCACUCGAAUCUGUUGCUCGGCCGUGAAAUCCCCUGUUUUCUCCCCCUCCCAACAGCAGAAGGUCAAACAUCUGACAGAAAGUCAAAUUUCUUUGGUGCCAGACAGAGCUCCGUCCACCGUUGCCAAGAGCAAGGAGGUGACAGAAGACAUGGGAGCCGCUGAGAACUUGGAGAGACCACCGAGGCUGCCAUCUAAAGAUUCUCACCGCAACAUCAGUGAAGGCGGUGCUGGCGGGUCAACGGGCCUGGCGAACAAGUUACAAGAUUUCAGCCUCAGCCAAACAUCUGAGUACAAGCCCGAGGAAUGGAUGCUGCCGGUAGAGGAGAAAGGGGCCCUCGCCCAGUUAAAUCUCGCCAUUGUGAGUCAACCCCCCGGGGGGCCACCGCCGCCGCCUUUGACUUUCAUCCUCGGCACAUACCCACCUGAUUGGCUCUGUGGCCUUGCAUGCAGGUGGGCCACGUUGACUCUGGAAAGUCAACUCUCUCAGGCAGGCUGCUCCACCAGCUGGGGCGCAUAUCCCGCAAGGAGAUGCACAAGUACGAGAAAGAAUCUAGAGAGAAGGUAAUCCUCCCUCUCUCCCUCUCUCUUCUUCUUCUUCUUCUUCUUCAUCCUCUUCUCUCUAGGGUUUCUUCUUCUUCCUCUUCUUCUCUCUAGGGUUUCUUCUGCUUCUUCCUGCGCAGGGAAAAGGGUCGUUUGCUUAUGCAUGGGCCAUGGACGAGAGCUCGGAGGAGAGAGAGAGGGGGAUCACCAUGGCGGUGGCGGUGGCGUACUUCGACUGCAAGAGAUAUCACGUCGUUCUUCUGGACUCCCCGGGGCACCGGGACCUGGUUCCCAACCUCAUCGCCGGCGGCGCCGCCCAAGCGGACGCCGCCGUGCUAGUGGUGGAUUCCUCGGGCGGCAACUUCGAGGCGGGCAUGGAGGGCGGGGGGCAGACCAGGGAGCACGCGCAACUCGUGAGGAGCUUCGGCGUUGACCAGAUGAUCGUGGCGGUCAACAAGAUGGACUGCGUGGGGUACUCGGAGGAGCGGUUCCAGGGGUUGAAGAAACGGCUGGGGCUCUUCCUCCGAUCCUGCGGGUUCAAGGAAUCGAGUAUCUCCUGGGUCCCCCUCAGCGCCAUCGACAACCAGAACCUCAUGGCCCCCGCUUCCGAUCCUCGCCUCUCUCGCUGGUCAGCAUCCGUACCCAUUCUCUCUCUAUCUCCAUCCCUCCGUUUCUCUCUCUCUGCAUUUCAUCCAUAUCUACUCCCUCUCUCUCUCUCUACGUUGCAGUCAAAUCCAUUCUCUCUCUGCAAGACUCUCUCUCUACUGGUUUCUCUCUCUAUCUCCAUGUCUCCUCCAUUUCUAUCUCUCUGCAUUGCAUUCAUAUCCAUUCCUUCUCUCUCUCUAUCUCCAUUUCUAUCUCUCUGCAUCAUCCAUAUCCCUUCUGUCUGUCUCUCUCUAUCUCGAUCUCUCUCAACUGGUUUCUGUCUAUCUACUUCUCUCUAUCUCUCUACAUUGCUGUCAUACCCAUUCUCUCUCUUUCUCUCUACUGGUUUUUCUCUAUUCUAUUUAUCCCUCUACAUUAAAUUCAUAUCCAUUCUCUCUCACUAGCCCUCCAUUGAUCUCUAUCUCUAUCUCUCUCUACAUUGCAAUUGUUUAUCAGGUAUGCUGGGCCAUGUCUGCUGGAGGCGAUAGACGCUCUACAGCCACCCGUGAGGGACGUCUCCAAGCCGCUGCGUCUGCCGGUAUGUGACGUCAUCAAAUCUCGGUCUCAAGGAAACGUGUCGGCCAGCGGGAAGCUGGAGGCGGGUGCCAUUCGAAAUGGCACGAAGGUAGGGGCGCAGUCCGUUUCCCCAGUUGAGCCGUCCGAUCGAGAUCGGAGGGUUGUGGCGAGCUGAUUUUUCCCUCUCUCUCUCUCGCUUACAGGUCCUGUUCAUGCCCUCGGGGGACGUGGCCACAGUGCGCUCCAUCGAGCGGGACUCGACGUCGUGCCACGUGGCGAGGGCGGGGGACAACGUGGCGGUCGUCCUCCAAGGCGUCGACACGGCGAGUGUGACACCGGGUGGCGUCCUUUGCCACCCGGACUUCCCCGUCCACGUGGCCGCCUCGCUGGAGCUGAAGAUCCUCACCCUCGACGUGGCCACGCCGAUCCUAGUUGGCUCCGAGGUGGACCCCACCCUCAUCUUCAUUUUCCUCCUGAAUUUUAGGGUUUCCCUCUCUCUCUCUCCAUCUCUCUCUCUCUCUCUCUCUCUCUCUCUCUCUCUCUAUGUAUAUAUCCUUUGUUCUGAUUCCGAGUUGCAGGUUGAGUUCCACAUACACCACGUGAGGGAGGCGGCGAGGGUGGCGAGGAUCGUCUCCGUGGUGGAUCCAAAGACCGGGAGAGCCUCCGGGAAGGCGGCGCGGUUCCUCUCGGCGAAGCAGAGCGCCGUGAUCGAGGUAACCCCUGGUUUUAUUGAGAGACGAUUUUGGUUUUGGUUUUGGUUUUGAUCGGAUCGGUGGAUGCAUUGCUCUGCUGCGAGAGUGGAGAUGAUUAUCGCAAUGCAACUCCUCUUCGAGAUUCUUGUGGUUGAUCCGCUGAUCCACACUCUCAGACAUCUAUCUAAUUUCUUAUUCCGGCUUCAUCCGAACGGGGCGAAUCCUUGAUCUGUUGGAAGAAAAAACCCUAAUCUCUUGUCCUGCAAGCAUGCUUCCUUAUCUGACGCCGAUGAUUCCUCCAACUUCUUCACAUCUUCUUUAAGAUUCGCUAAAAAAUCAGAGAGAAAGCGAUUCGCUCAUCUGGAAAUAGACGAGAUCUCUCUCGUAUCUUCCCACUGCGCAUCCGAAAUGUUUUCUCACUGGUCGGCUCUGAUGCAGGUCGUCCUCGCAGGAGCAGUCUGUGUGGAAGAGUUCUCCAAGUGCCGUGCUCUUGGCAGGGUCUUCCUGCGUUCAUCGGGUAGCACUGUGGCCGUCGGGAUCGUCACCAAAGUCCUCCGGCAGUAG